CGCGAAAAUAUCUUUCUCUCUCUAAAAGGAAAACCUGCCGCCGUUGGCCUCUUCCUACCCACAAACUCCUCCACGGAACUUACCAUUGAUAGCUGGAACUGAAUGUUUGGUCGCCGGGAAUUGGUAUCGACCGUCGACAUAUUUCCGUCAUCCGAUUCAGCAUUUAACACCUUCAUCCCGUUCAAUCUCUGACGUCUUCCCUCGAAACCUAACGGAGUAACGGAAACUACCCAAAAAAGGUUGGAGCAGGAAACUCGUCUUCGUUUUUUUCUCUUUAGCGAUACCUCCACCAAACACCUGGCUCUUUUAUCUGUGGAUAAUAUAUUUGUAUUUGUUUCACUGUUCUUUCUUCCCCCUCCUUCCUCCUAUCGCCCUGUAUUGGUUGCUCAAUUCGUUUGAUUUCUCGUUUCCUGUUAAUGAAGGGAUAGGUUCGAUUCAACCCUUCAUUCCCUGGAAAUUGGUUGAUCAAUCUAUGUUGGAGCAAUAGAUUUUGUGGGUAAUUUGUGGAUUUGAUCUCCGAAUGCGGUUUUAUCUACCUGGUUGUUCCUUGAAUUCUUUGAAAUUAGGAUUAUGAUCUCUCUGUAGGUUUUGUGCAACCGUAAAGUUUGGGACUUUUUCCUGCUAGCUACAAGGAAUCCAACAAUGGCUACUGCUGAAGCAAUUUUCCGAACUGGGUUGCCGCGGCUUCAUCAUUUCGAUCCUUUCUUUAAUUGUUCAAGCUCGUUCCUUUCUGUAAAGCCCAUCAAUGGUCGCUCCAGAAGAAGCAGGAGGAAUCAUUGCUCCAAAGCUGUAUUAAAAUGCCCUGCUAAGGUCUACGCAUGCCGUGGAAGCAUUGAUCCCCUUUCCUUUGGGAGGAUCAAUAAAUCCGCUGGAGGACCGGGUUCCAGCAGAUGCAAAUGCCAACAGCAGUCGGAAACUUUUGGCAGCGAUGGUGGAGGAAUGUCGAUUCCUGUGUUUGGCAUCAAUGGUGGAGGUCAGGAUUUUGCCCUGCUCCAGCAAUUGAAACCAGAAAAUGGAGACGUUGCAGUAGGGGGGAACGGUGGGAUGUUGGAUGGAAAUGGAACAGCUGCAACUAGUACAGAUGUGCAACUUAAGGGCGCCUCUACGAAUCCAAUUGAGGAUGAAGCUUGGGACUUGUUGCGUGCAUCUGUUGUGUACUACUGUGGUAACCCUAUUGGAACUAUUGCUGCUAAUGAACCAAACAGCAGCAAUGUAUCGAAUUAUGAUCAAGUCUUUAUUCGAGACUUCAUUCCUUCUGGGAUUGCUUUCCUUUUGAAAGGAGAGUAUGAUAUCGUGAAGAAUUUCAUUCUUUACACUCUGCAAUUGCAGAGUUGGGAGAAAACAAUGGAUUGUUAUAGUCCUGGUCAAGGGCUAAUGCCGGCUAGUUUCAAGGUUCGAACUGUUCCUCUCGAGGGUGAUGAAAAUGCCAGUGAAGAAGUCUUGGAUCCUGAUUUUGGUGAAGCUGCAAUUGGUCGUGUUGCACCGGUUGACUCUGGCUUAUGGUGGAUUAUACUCUUACGAGCUUAUGGAAAAUGCUCUGGCGAUCUCUCGAUGCAAGAGAGAGUAGACGUACAAACUGGGAUCAAAAUGAUUCUGAAACUUUGCCUUGCUGAUGGCUUUGAUAUGUUUCCAACCUUAUUGGUCACGGAUGGUUCUUGUAUGAUUGAUCGACGCAUGGGAAUUCAUGGGCACCCUUUGGAGAUUCAGGCCCUCUUUUAUUCAGCUCUACUAAGUGCACGUGAGAUGCUUGCUCCAGAAGAUGGAACAGCUGAACUCAUUACGGUCCUCAACAACCGUCUGGUAGCCUUGUCUUUCCACAUCAGAGAAUACUACUGGGUUGACAUGAGAAAACUGAACGAAAUUUACCGUUACAAAACUGAGGAAUACUCUUACGAUGCAGUCAAUAAGUUCAACAUCUACCCGGACCAGAUUCCACCCUGGUUGGUUGAAUUCAUGCCCAGCAAAGGAGGCUACUUGAUUGGAAACCUGCAGCCUGCUCACAUGGAUUUCCGUUUCUUCUCUCUGGGGAACUUGUGGUCCAUAGUGAGCAGUCUUGCAAACAUGGAACAGUCCCAUGCUAUAUUGGAUCUUUUUGAAUCAAAAUGGGAAGAUUUAGUGGCUGAGAUGCCUUUCAAAAUCUGCUACCCUGCUUUAGAAGGCCAGGAAUGGCGUAUCAUCACAGGCAGUGAUCCGAAAAACACACCUUGGUCUUACCAUAAUGGUGGUUCUUGGCCAACUUUGCUGUGGCAGCUCACUGUGGCAAGCAUCAAGAUGAACCGACCAGAGAUUGCAGAAAGAGCAGUGGAGCUUGUCGAGAAGCGGAUCUCCAGAGACAACUGGCCAGAAUAUUACGAUACCAAGCGAGGGAGAUUCAUCGGAAAGCAGUCGAGGCUGUUCCAGACCUGGUCGAUCGCAGGCUACCUCGUAUCGAAGCAGCUGCUGGCCAACCCUGAUUCAGCAAAGAUUCUGAUGAACGAAGAAGAUUCAGAAAUCGUGAAUGCCUUCUCUUGCAUGAUCGGUUCCAACCCUAGGAAGCAGCGUGGCAGAAAAGCAGUUAAGCAGCCCUUCAUUGUAUGAGUGAAUGGAAGGUUCAGUUUGUCAUGUUUAUAGGGAGGCAAAAUGAUCCUGAAUCUGGGGAGAGUUUGUGAUGUUAAGAGGGUUGUUUCAAAAAGGUUAUAUUGCUUUGACCUUGUCUAGGUCACUGUAAAUAUUGUGCAUUCAUUUUGGGGAAGGAUAGUUAUGACUUAUGAACUUGGUAAUAAUACUACUCUGCAAAUUUGCCAAAUUCAGGUGCUGAAGAAGUAAAAUUUACAGUCUGUGAUGUGCUUAU